UUUAUGAUUAAGAAAUAAAGAAUUUGAAGAAGACUACAAAAGUACAAAGCUCCUGGAAUAAUGGCAGCAGCGUUACCACAACUGGACGAAACUAAACUUAAAUUAGUACAGGAUUUAGAAAUAGAAAUGAUGUCAGAUAUGUAUAAUCGUAUGACAUCUGCAUGUCACAGAAAAUGUAUAGCACCAAAGUACACCGAGGCUGAAUUAGGCAAAGGAGAGUCGAUAUGUCUGGAUCGUUGUAUCGCCAAAUAUUUAGAUGUUCAUGAACGUAUUGGUAAAAAACUUACACAAAUUUCAAUGCAAGAAGCAAAAGUUGCAGAGCAAUCAAAGACAAAUUAAAUUUUUACAAUAUUAAUUGCAUUGAUGAGAUUUUUAUGUAAUCUCUUAAAAGUAAUAUCUUCAGUUUUCUUUUGAUUAUUCUAGUUUUAAAAACUUGAUGUAAAUUAGAACAAAUAAAAUAAAAUACAGAUGUUCUGUAUUUAGUUUAUGAAUAAAAUUGAACUUCAUAAAA